AAGGUAUUUCCUAGGGAAAUAGGUGUCUUGUUUGCAGCAGUUCUAACACCAGCUAUGUGCACAGCAGUAAGUAUUCACUUCUGGAGUUUUAGAAAGUUAAAGCUAUCCAACCAGAAAAGCAAGCUCCAAAACUGAAAAGUCUCAAGGAGGGCCUUUAGUCAGGAAGCUCUUUAUCAGGAAAAUGCCAUUUGGCUUUCUUUCAAGAAAAAAGACGGGGAUUUUCUAAGCCUCUGGUUUGUGCACCUUAGCACAGUUACGUGUUUGUACUCGGAAGGAGUGUUCCUGUUUGGCCCUUCAAUGCUCUCUAAUGUGCUCACACAUGCGUGCAGAUCUUUUGCUGGUGAUCUCAGAUGAGCACACAGGCGGGACAGCAGCUCUGUAGCCAGUUACUGAGCAACAAAUCCAACCUGGCCUCACAAACAAGAAUUCAGCUGCUGUAAAAGGUGAUUCACCAGCACACUGGAUUGACUGCCUGCUCUCCCGGCCCGCCUUGCACUGCUAUUCAUGAAGAAACUUCUGGUCGUCUUGGCUGUGUGUUCAGUGGUCGGCACUGCGACUACAGAGAGGUCGUCAUGUCUGAAACGUGUGGCAUUUUCUUCUACAAACUUUGAGAACAUCCUAACAUGGGAAACUGAAGCAGAUAUCCCUCCUGGAACUGUAUUUGAUGUCCAGUAUAAACAGUAUGGAGAGAAAGCCUGGCUUAACAAGCGGGAGUGCCAGAGCAUCACACAGCCCUUCUGCAAUCUCACUCAUGAAACAGAGAACUUCACAGAGCAUUACUACGCCAGGGUGAGGGCCGUCAGCCGCCGUUGCUCCUCCAACUGGGUGUGCUCAGAGAGAUUUGAACCCAGAAAAGAGACUAUUAUUGGAGCACCAGAAGUGGAGUAUAUUCCUCAUGUACGGUCCAUAAGGUUUCUUAUACACCCCCCUUAUACGCCGCUGAGAGGUGAGGAUGGCCACCAGCUAAACAUAGAGGACAUUUACAGCAAAUUCAGUGCUGUUGAUUAUCACUUAACACUAUUCAACCAAAGGACACAUCAAAAGUGGAUAAAGAAUGAGCAUAACAAAGAAUUUGAAGUUUCCAAUCUGGACCCAGAUACUGAGUAUAACGGAACAGUGCAUCUGUAUCUCCUUGAACGAAGCAGCAAACGUCAAGUAUUUUGGGUUAAAACACUGCCAGAUAACACAUGGCUCUUCUACUGUUUUGUGGCCCUCGGAUUCUGUGCCGGGCUGGUGUUUGCUGCUAUUGGUUAUGUGACCUAUAAGUACGUCAAACAACACGGUGCACAGCCCAUGUCUUUGGACUUCAGAGGGAUCUCAUCAUUCCAGCCUCUAACUCUGACAGUGGAACACAUUAUAAAGCCUAUAAAUUUAUCCAAACCUUCACUUCUCACCCCCGAAGCACAGUUCCCACAGGUAGGCCGAUGUUUGGACAAACCACUGGAGCCACCACAGCCAUUCCAUCCAUCAUCAGGUACCUAUCAGCAGCAAGCCAACCUAUCAGUGUUCCAUGGUGUGCAUCUGCUGUGCUCAGUGAGUGCAGCUCCUGCUGGAUAUGCUCCUCAAACCUCUGAGAAAAGUACAGCCAACCUCCCCACGACCUACGGUGUGUGUGUCGAUGGCACAGACCACAGCAACAAGAAUAACUUCUGCCCGAACCAGUUACCAAAGGAAGAUUUGUCAGAUAGCUCUGCUGGUGGGAAGCUCAUCAGUCAUAUGCUGGGUGAAAGCAGCAGCCAUUGGAAUUACAAAGAGCAGCAGCCAAACGUGGCACCGUGGGCCAGCAGUGCCAUGAGAGACUCAGCUCUUGUACAUGGAAGCCCUCAGCAAACACAGCAACUGCUAUUGUGGAAUGAUGGGGUUGAAAGUGAAGAUCAUCUGCCACAGCUGCUGCUGCCUUCGAUGGAGCAAGGAGGAUGCUACAGACAACAGGCAGUAAAACUGCCACUGUUACUGUCUUCAGUGACAGCUGACACAGACUGUGUUCCAGAGGAUGAAUGCCUGUCACGGCCAUCAGCAGCUCCGCUCCUCUCAGUCAGCACUAGGAACAACCUCCCUGGAGAGAACACAAAGUGGUGGGAGUCACCACAUUCAGUGUCACAUUCUGAAAAUAAAGUGCAGUUUCAGGAAACUUGGGAAGCAGAGGAGACACCAGCAGCACAGGAGUUAAACUGCAAGGAACUGGGCAGUGUUGUGUCCCCAGACACUAUCUCAGAGUACAGCAGUGGCAUUUCUUUCAGUACGCUGUUCAAAGACCUGAACUUAAAACUACUGUGGGAUCAAGCAGAUGAAAACACAGCAUUUUAUUAAGGAGAGUUAAUGAUAUUAAAAUCCAGACUCUGUUUGUAUGAAAUAGAAGUGUGUCCUACAAACAGCACGUGCAAAUAAAGCUCUCCUUUGCUCCUGUGACCAACACACCAUGUUCAGGGCUAGAAUGGACCCAAACCAAUAUAAACUGAGAGCCAGGCUCCUUUAGUGCUGCACCUUUACCAAAAGAAAAAAAUGUUAUUUGAGGGAUGGAGGCAGUAAUCAUUUCUCAUUAACAGGAGAGUGUCGUUCAGUCUGUUGGCUUCCACUGACGUGGUGAAAAGUGCAAGUGUCUGAUGACCUCAGGUUUACAGGAGAACUGAAACCAGCAAUAAGAAUAAGCAAUUUAGAAUGGGAUGAGGAAGUACUUGAAAAGCACUGCUAGGGAAAGGCUGACCAGAAGCAAAACUUGGGUGUUCUCAGAGAACCUGAGGUUAAGUGUUAAAUUUCACUUUUUGUAUGUGUGUAAUUUCGCAAAUAAUCUGUAGCUGUAGGAAGAGCUUGUGAUGAUUCAGCCCAGGAUUGCAAGAGUGAUCUUAGAAAUGACAAACUUUCCAGGCAAAGAUUCAGCCCCUGGCUCCAGCAUUAGUAACAGCCAAAGCAUGGCCACGUCACGUGAGGUCAGAAGGUUGUCAGAGGCCCCAGGGUAACACUCUGCCCUCCUACCCCCUGGGGAGGCUGCAUUUCAAACCAGUGAUGCUCAUUCCUUUAUCCAGAGUUGUCACAGGUGACAUAUCUUGUGUCAACAACAUUCCCAAGGAUGCUACUCAGGGAAUCAUCAAAUGCCACAAUGCCAAUAUUUUGGCUCACGUUGUGGAACACAGUUUUCUGUUCAGAGUCAGUAUGGGCAGCACAGCGGGAAAGGAAAGAGAAGGGAAGGGAACUGGUUGGGCUCUAAGGGCCUCUCUGACCUCAACCAAUCUGUGAUUCUAUGUGCUGACCUUAUUGCCUUCCACUUAAUUGCUUUUCCUAAUAAAACUGAUAGCCUUGUUUACUUCAAAACGUAUCACAGCCAACAGCUCUGGUAGGAUCUAAUUAUCUCAUUCCCAUUCCAUGUAAGAACACUUUUAGAUAAACAGCAUGGUUUCAAUGCUGUUUCAAAGGUCAUGACUUGCGAACCAUCUGUACCAAACAAGAGACUGUUCUUCGUUUCUCUUGACUUUCCCAGAUAACAGCAUCGAUAGCUCUAGAUAAUGAAGAGCAGCACUGCCUCACAACACAGAUUGUGCUCAUUCCCAGGCAGAUGUCAUGACGGUGACAAGUAAGCGUUGCAGUUCCAGCUGUCCCAAGGAUGGCAGCGCAGCAGGUGGCAGCUGUAACCCUAGAAUGGAGCAUUGCUCUUUGUCUUCUUGGCUAAAUCGGGGAGCUGUCACUGAGCUGCUCCCUGUGCCAGCAGCCCUGAGCCCAGCAACCCAGGGAGCUUUGUGUAUCACUGGAGUGAGGCUCACACUCUCCAUGUCAGUUGUUUUGGCACUGGAGGGUGAAUAAGCUGAAGACACCCGAAAUCACGGAGUACUUUUUUGAUGUGUUCCUUGAGGAAAAUCAUACUGAAGGAACAAGCGGAGAGCUCCAAAUCCCGGAGAUGGAAUGAGGCAGAGAUGAGGGGCAGCUCCGAAAGCAUUAAGACCAGGUUAAAACAGACUAUAGCUUCCCUCUGGCAUCACUGUGGCCUAAAUAUCACUGUGAUGGGAAGGAACGGUGCAGCAGAGAAUUGCUGCAUAAAGAACUUGCACAGCAGCUGGAUCACAGUACAAAGCAGGAGCCUUACACUCACUAGUUCAGAGGACUUAAAUCAUGGCAUGGUUUAGGUUGGAGGGGACCUUCAAGGUCACCUCGUUCCAACUCCUGGCCAUGGGCAAGUUGCCCAUGUAGUGCACGUAAAUCUUUUUUUUCUUUUCUGAAUGAGCGUUUUGAUUUUGAGAACGAACAUUUCAUUUUCCCCACAGAUGACACGAAGAAUGACUUCCUCCCAGAAUCAAGACUUCAUUUACUUAUGAGGAACACACAAUAGUCAUAGCCAGCUGAAACGUAAGAGCUGGUGUUGACCCUGAUCUAAUAAUACACUGACAUGAUUUGGCUGGGAUUGGUAUUCCCUAAAGAGAUGUGAAAAUAAAUUAUUUCAGUCCACUAUGCAGCAAAGGCAGCGUUGAACCAAGGGAAAUUCCUAGAAGAGGUUAAAACAUUCAUAGUUAAUUUUGUUCCUCUGUGAGCUUCUGUCCUAAAGAAGCAGAGAAUGAUACAAUGUUCAGAUACCCAAAUUUUUCUCAUUUGUUGCAUCACUUGGCAAUGGCAAUAAUUCGCUUGACAUAAAAAUUAGUUUGCAAUUAGUUGUCACUGCAGUAAACGACCCAGGCAGCCCUGCAUGGGUCUCCCCAUUGUCACAGCAAUGGCACGGCAGGAUGCUAUAUUUAAGACUUUAGGAUGGGCACUCCAACAUGGGGAACAUUCUUUUGGGGAGAGUCAUUCUUAGUGUCGUCAACGGGGAAUAAGAAACGCUCCUUUGUCCCUUCACUUUCGUGGAGACAGGCACUCUCACUGUAGUCUUCAUAGGGUAAGUUGAUUUGUCUGCAAAUAAACUCCAGUUUGCAGCAGGAUUUUAAACAUUUUAUAGCAGCAUCUUUGUAUGAUCCCUUUAUUUGCAUUGCACCUCAGAGAUGGGUUGUGCUCUGUGAUUGCUUUCAUCUGCUUUGAAGUGUUGUUGCUGUUUUUCCAAUGUUGCUCUUAGGAAACCAGUUUUAAUUUGUGUUAGCUCGCAUGAAUCUAUUCUGCUUUAUUGAUUUCUUAAGAAAAAUGCAUAUGUAUGGAUUGAAAAAGGAGUAUUUUAACUGCUCAGAAUUCUACUGCUUUGCAACAAACACCAGAUUAUAGAGCACUGGAAAAUUCCCAGGAAAACACAGAAAACAGAACAUAUUAAAAAUAACCUCAGAACAGUAGCUCUUUAUGUGGAAGCAAAGAUUUGAUGCCCUGCAGUCAUUCUGCAGCUGAAGUAGCCCUGAAGAGUGUCACAUUCUAGGAAAUAAAAAGAUAUAUUUUUCUGUAAA